AUGAUCGAGAACGAGGCCAAAAUUUGCAAAGUAGGAUCCCGGAAAGAACGAAAAUACUUACCCAACGAUGACGUGAACAAUGACACACUCUCACCCAUUGGAAAUAUGCGGACACCAUUCAGCGAAUCCGGCAACGAAAAACAAGAUGUGGACGGUAAAUCAACAAAGGACGACGAAAGAACCGGCGAAGCCCAAGCUGCAAAUAAACUGAACGCGGAGCCUAGAGGACAAGGGCGAAAUGGGACGAAGAAGGGAUCAAAAGGGAUGCCCGGUAAGGAAGGAACGAUGAUGAAGGAGAAACACGACAUCAUACCAAUAGAGGGACAUUUGGUGAUCAACGAAAGGGAGUUACAAUCAAGGGAUAAACCGCUAAAAAAGGAGAACGUGAUAAUUAGUAUCGGAAUGGUGAAAAGAAUAAGGAUUAAGG